AUGUUCAGCUUUUCCUCUAGCCGAGUUCUUACGCUUGCGUUGCUCGCCAUUAUUCCUGUUACGUUUGUAUUUGCUGCUGAACAUCAAGUGGUCGUCGGUGGACCUGGCAUUCUGAGAUACAAUCCGGAAUAUGUAAAUGCCAACCCGGGCGACACUGUAGUGUUUUCGUUCAGGCAGGAAAAUCACACUGUGUCUCAGUCCUCCCUAGACGAUCCCUGUCAGCUUCUGAACGACGGGUUUGACUCGGGAUUCGUUCCUGUAGCGGAAAAUGACACAAAUGGGACUUUCCCUGCAGCCGAAUACACGGUGGUAGACAUGAACCCCGUGUGGGCGUUCUGCCGUCAGGCAAAUCAUUGCGAGCAAGGCAUGGUUUUUGCAAUCAAUCCAGGAAACCAAUUUGCGACAUUUAAAGCUAAUGCCAUGGACAACGUAACGUCGAACUCUUCGGCUGCCUCUACGACAUCUACGACAGCGUCUGCUAAUGCAACGACCUCGAGCACUGUCGUAUCAAAUUCUUCUACAAUAUCUUCGACUUCUAUUUCUGCUUCCACCACCACAGCUUCCGCGAAUGCUUCUUCUACUGUCGGUGGUAUCACUAUCACUGUAUCCGUGCCAGUUCCACAAUCAUCUCAGGCCACGUCGUUCGCAAGCGCCUCAAGUUCUGCCCCACCAGCUACUACGACAUCAUCCGACCAUCUUGUGUUGGUCGGUGCGAACGGAGAACUGACGUAUUCGCCAUCGAACAUCUCUGCAGAAGUGGGCGAUACAGUCACCUUCCGAUUCAUGCAGGCGAACCAUACUGCCACACAAAGCAGUUUCGCCGACCCUUGCAUCAGCCUCGCGAAGACGAGCACGAACGGCCAAGUAGGCUUUGAUUCCGGAUUCAUGCCUGUCUCAACGAAUGCAUCCCCUUACCCGACGUUCACAAUUCAGGUCAAUGAUACGGCGCCCAUCUGGGCCUACUGUAGACAGACCAAUCCCAAAAGCCACUGUGGCGCUGGCAUGGUCUUCUCCGUCAACGCCGUCGAGUCGAGCUCGAACAACUUCGCCGCGUUUGAGGCUAAGGCCAAGCAGAUCAAUGGCACUUCAACAAGUUCUACAACAUCGGACAGUGACAUUACAUUUCCGUUCAGCCACCGCUCAAGCGCAGUUGCUGUCGCCUGUGGUAUUUUCGGUGACAGUGGCAUCGACUCCGAAUCGCCAAGACCCCACACAGAACCAUCACCCGCCGCGUCGCCGUCAAAAUCUUCUGCAGGAUCACACAACAAGCACGCGCAGGACUCGGAUUCUUCUGCAAAGCAAUUGCCUUCGCUCGUGCCACUAGUCUCCUCUUAUAUUACGUGUGGCGAUUGCGGAAGCAUGAUCAACUCGUCAGAUGACGCCACACACCGGACCACUGUUUGCGGCAAAUUGGGACUGGCGGCGCUGAUUGCAACAACCAAAGCGGAAGAUGCAGAAGAGAUCGCGUCAACAGCCACCUUCGAGCCACCUUCCCCGACUGGCGCUGUGUACAAUGAGCCUCUCCUCGAGCGCAAAACACAAGAGACGGCAUCCACGCCCAGCCAGGGGUGA